GAGUCGCUCAUGAAAGGACAGGAAUCCAUGCGUUAGGAGCUUGUGUGUAUGCGUUUAUGUAUAAAGUGUGAUCUUUGAUGGACACGGACUUUUAGACCGUUUACUGUUGGACCUCAACAUCAUAGUCAGGAAGGCAACAGUCAGCCCCUGUCUUUACAAAGCUAACUUUACCCUGCUUUACCAACUGUUUUAGGUAGCCAACUUGCUAACUGUUGAGGUUAGCUAUUUUUAAAAGUAGUCCAUAGCAUCUAGUCCAUAGCAUCUUAGCAACGUAUCAUUAGCAGAUAAGAACUAACUUUACAUACUCAAUAAAGUUACUUUGUACGACUUCUGCUCAUAAUCUCACCAACAAAGCAAGCUCCAGCUACUCGUGGUCAGUACUGGAGUUUGAGCAGGAGCACAGGAUUGCGCCGGCCGUCGAGGUGCCCAGGAUGUCCCGUCGUAGUCUGCGUCUCCACACCACUCCCGGUCACCAUGGCAGCGGGGCGCAGGUCGCCAGCUACAGUCUGCUGGAGCGCCACAGUGUGUCCCCCGCCGUGGGAGCCAGCAGAGAGGACCGACCUCUGAAGAGUAGGCGAUCCCAUCACCACUCCUUGUCUGGCUCCCAGUCCCUGCUGCUGACCCCCCAGAAGUCGUCCCAGUCUCUGCCCCUCAACAGCAGUCUGCACAGCUGUGCUGCCAGCGACGCCUCGCUGCUCUCCUCCCUGCUGGACGAGUCCUGCAUCCAGGAGCGCACACUCAUGGACAGCUUCUGGGGACUGGAUGGAGACGGUGAUCACCACGACCGCACCAUCCUUGCGAGCGGUGAUGCAGUGAUGCAGACGUCAGUGGUCAGCGGCAUCACGUGCAAAGACUGCAGUUUUCAGCAGUCGGCCGCCACACACUCUUCCUCUAAACACCCCUCUUCCUCAUCCUCAUCCUCGGCGCCCACUGCAGCCCACCAACACACCGUCCCCCACAACACCACAGUCUACAGCAGGGACAAGGUCCGCAAGCAUCGCUCUGGAGUGCUGUUGCUGCCUGAGGUGUGUGUAGAGUACAGCAGGCGAGCGGCGGCGUCUGUGGCGUGUGUGCUCUCUCUGCUCCUCCACACUGUGCUGCUGCAGGCCUGCACACAGGGCAAAGACGGCCUGUGCUCCGUCUCCCGGGCAUGUGUACAGGCCUGCAGGAGGGCUUGGCGCUCCAGUGCCAGGGCCGUGGCACCCCUCCCCGGUGUCCUCUGCCACAGGGUGGCGCUCUGCGCUGCUUGGUGCAGUGCCAUCUGUGGUGCGCUGCGUGUCAUCGGAGCUGACUGGAGGUACUGCAGCACUAUGAACUCUGAGGGACACCCAAAGCAGGAUGGUCACCGAGACACUGACGCGUCAUUAUCCAAAGGAUCGUCUUCAAUAUGGCAGCAACUGCUCACCCUCAUGUCUCUGCUCAGGGAUUUCCUAGUCACACGGUGCCUUUCCAACCUGUGCAGACUGCUGCUGCUGCUCAUCCCCCUGCUCCUGCUUGCGGUGCUAUGCUACUGCGGUCCAGCUACCUUGUGGGCCAUCCUUCCAGCUGUCAACAUCACUGAUUGGAGGGUUGGCUCCCUCAAAGACAUUUCAUUGGAGGAGGACCACGCAGUUCCCUUUGUCCCGCCCCCCUUCCCUGCUGAAUCACAGACCUCCUCGUCUCCUCUGUCCGUGGAUGCGGAGCGUGUUGGGCGUGCAGCGCGGGUUGAGCGAGUUGAGCGCUCGCUGGCCGAGCUGUGGGCGCGCGUGGCGCGGGGAGAGAGGCAGCAGCAGGAGAAGAGCGCCCAGCUCCAGGCGCUCUACCGCCCCCUGCAGGAGCAGCUGGAGACGGGCGCCCACCUGCGCCAGCUGCAGACGUCUGUGGCGGCCAUGAUGGACGAGAAACUCCAGCCGCUCAAGGACGAGGUGGAGAGGAACACCAACAACAUGAAACAGCAGCAGCAGUUGUACGUGAGCCAGCAGCAGAGCCAUCAGAGUCGAGUGGCAGAGCUGGAGGCCCUGCUGGAGAACCUGGCCCAGAAAACGGAGGACAUCCAGAGAGCACAGGAGACCACACCGGCCCCUGUCAGUGAUGUUGUGGACCGUGUUUCCCAUGAAGCUUUGCUGCUGGAGGUGCAGAGGCUGGAGGCAGCGCUGGGCAGCAUCAGAGCUGACCUGCAGGGGAUCAUGGGAUGCCAGGGGCGCUGUGAGCAGCUGGACAACAUCCAGGACAUGGUUUCUGCACAGGUAAAGCGGCAGCUGCAGGACCUGUUCUAUGGCGCAGAGGCCGAGGGUGGCACGGUGCCCGACUCGCUCCUCCCGUGGCUCGCCGCCCGCUUUGUCAACGGCUCAGACCUGCAGGCCUCGCUGACCGCCCUGGAGCAAAGCAUCCUGGGUAACGUGUCUCAGCUGGUGAAGCAGAGCAAGCAGAAGGGGCAGUCUGUCUGUGCCGAGACCCUGAGUGAGAGCGUGCGGCUCUCCACCAGCCAGUCGGGACUAGCCGAGCAGCAUGUGGAGCUGAUUGUGAAGAAUGCCCUGAGGCUGUACUCUCAGGAUCGCACAGGCAUGGUGGACUACGCCCUGGAGUCUGGAGGUGGCAGCAUCCUCAGCACUCGUUGCUCCGAGACGUUUGAGACCAAGACCGCCCUGAUGAGUCUGUUCGGCCUCCCUCUCUGGUACUUCUCCCAGUCCCCGCGCGUGGUCAUACAGCCUGACGUCCAUCCAGGGAACUGCUGGGCGUUUAAGGGUUCCCAUGGUUACCUGGUUAUCCGGUUGUCUAUGCGUGUGGUUCCCAUGGCGUUCUCUCUUGAGCACAUCCCCAAGUCACUAUCGCCGACUGGACACAUUACCAGCGCUCCCCGAGAAUACGCGGUUUACGGUCUGGAGGAUGAGCACCUGGAGGAGGGCAAGCUGCUGGGCCGCUACACGUAUGAAGAGGAUGGAGAAGCUCUGCAGACACACCCAGUCACGGAGCAGAACGAUGUGGCCUUCCAGAUCAUAGAGCUGCGGGUGCUGUCCAACUGGGGCCAUGCGGAGUACACCUGCCUCUACCGCUUCAGAGUGCACGGCCGACCGCCCGUCUACUGAGGACCUCACACUGGAUCAGGACAAACACUCACACUUCACUGGACAGUGAGUCCACACACACUUACACAUACACUAAUGCACAUGCACUAAUCAGAGAUCCCUCACACACUAAUCAGAGAUCACACACACACACACACACACAC